UUUCUCUCGACAGGAGAGCCAAACGCCAAAGACAGUGCCUGCAGCUGUUGCUCAUCCUGGUUUUCGUGUGAACGGUCUGGAUACCUCUUGUUCCACCAGAUCAGGACAUUUAUGAAAAUCAAUUUCUUUUAUAGAUGAGUGUAAUUAGUAUCUUGAACUUCUAUUGAAAACUCACAAGGGACGAUAUCAGAAAACUGCGAAAGUAUCGUCUGCAAGCAGCGUUAUGAGAAAUACGAGUUCCUGUUUCAGUGUCAAACUUUUCUUGGAUACGUGACCUUCUGUUUCUUAUUCUGAGCAGACGCACAUCGUAAUGCUGUAUUUUCAAUGUCCUUUUGGGUGUACAUUUUUUUUAUGUGGCUAUGGUCAUUGCAGCUGCUCAGACCAGCCUUUUCAAACUUCGACCCCUCAGAAGAAAGCCAAAAGUGAGCGCAGAAGAAAUCAAAGAGGGUGAUGAAAAUGUUUUAACUUUUCGGGGCAAGGCACUUGACAAAAUGGAUUUUUUUGGUAAGUCAGAUCCCUAUUUGGAGAUUUUGCGAUCAACACCAGGUGGUAGCUGGCAGCUAGUGCACAGGACAGAGGUUGUGAAAAAUAACCUCAACCCAAGCUGGAAGCCUUUUGAGCUUUCUGUCAAUACUCUUUGUGGCAGGAAUAAAAAACAGAUCAUGAAGUUUGAUGUGUAUGACUGGGACAGUGAUGGGUCUCAUGAUUACAUUGGAGGAUUUUCAGCCCCACUGGAAGACAUGCUCCAAGCACAGCAGCAUGAGUUGCAUUUGUGGUGGAUAUGUUGGGCUGCUCAAGCAGAGUGGACAUCAACACUCACAAGAUCUCAGCGCUGCAUAGAGUGGGGAGACUCCAGCAAGGCAAACCGAGACCGGUGAUAGUAAAAUUUGUCUCCAGGAAAGACGAGGAACAAGUCAUCAAAGCGCGCUGCAGACUGAAGGGAUCAGGAAUCGUAAUAUCAGAGGACCUAACACAUUUAAACAUCCAAAGACUUAAUCGUCUCAAACAACAAGAAGGAGUGGUAGAUGCAUGGUCGGCAGCAGGAGGUAGGCUGUUUGCAAAACUUCGAGAUUCCAGUGUGGUAGAAAUAAAAAGUGGAGACACGAGUCCCAUAGACAGGAAGCUAACUGAGUUACACAACGAACAACGAAGUCAACACCAAAGGAGGAGCGAGGGCAACCCGCAACGCUUUCCUCAGGAUACCCUUCAGAGACAGCAUGUUCACCGGCCGCAAAUUCAUCAGCAGCCGACCCAUAAAGAAAAAGCUCAGCGGGGACUGUCAACACCUCCCUCUCAGCUCUCAAGAUCCAGCCAUUCUACCCCAACUACACCUACAUCAGCCGCGGAAGCAGGUUCGCCCCAACCAGAUCAACAAACCGUGAAUGAAGUGACUGAGGUGUGCAGGGGAUGAGCAAGUGUGUAUAUAAAGGAUAUUACUUGUGCAAAAAACAAUUCUAUUUCUCAACACCAGCUUACUGGUAAGUGCAUCAACAUUAAUGUGCACACCCUUAUUUGAGAUACGCCUUCAGAUUUCCUCUGAUUCCCUUUCCUUGCUUCCAAUGA